AUGGCAAGCUCAAGCGCAAACUACUCUGCGAGUUCACCUUCCAUACUUCCUCCAUCACCGGGAAGACAUAAGACAGUCUCAUCACACUCUGUCGGUCAAUCUCGUUCACCUCGAAUACAAUCUUCACCUAUACUCUUACAACCUUUACCUCCUACUUCAUCACUGACGAAGGAAUCAGUCUAUGCAUCAGAACUGGAACUCGACAAACAGACUCGUCAAUUGAAACAGGAAACACAACUGGCAGAAGCUCUACAAGAUCAACUAUGGUCUGUUGAACGUGCAGCAAUUAGGGAUGCACAAGGAACAUGGUCCAAAUUGCAAAUGCAAUCACAAUCAAACGGUAAAGGUAAAGGUAGACGUGAUUCAUGGGGUGAAUCAAAUGGGUUUAAUCAUCCUCCACAGGCAUAUGAACUUUAUAGAGCAAUCGAUAAACAUGAUAUUGAAUUCAUAAUGAGAAUAAGAGAUCAUGCUUUUGAUAUAUUGUUACAGAAAAACGGCAAUGAAUUCCCGAUUGUCUAUGCAUCUAGAUUAGGUGAGAACUGGAGAGAUAUCGUGAUAUUACUCGUAGGAGCUUUAUCAAGAUAUGUAAAUCAUCUUGAGCCUGAAGAUUUCGAAAAGAAGGAAACGUUGAGAACGCUAAAAGCUCUUCGUGCAAAUUUGAAACUCGCUAUCGAUCAUACAUUACUUCAUUUACCACCUGGACAAACUCCAGUACUCUUAUCAUCAUAUUUACAAGUACUUAUAAUGUCUGAAGGAGAUAAUUUCCUUCACAGAGCAAUUAACGAUAUAUCACUUUUACUUCGAUCGUCUUCUUCUUCUUCUUCUUCUUCUUCUUCUUCUUCUUCUAGCACUACAGGUACAUCUUUUGUCCAACCUGUCAAAGAAGCAGAAGAGAUAGUGAGGAAAUUCUGUACAAAAGAAUUAAGAGGCGUUAAAGGUGGUGUGGGUGAUGUAGAAGAAUAUAUCGCAAAUGCAGCUUUGGAUUUAAUCAUUUUAAGUUCUUGGUCGCUGGCCGCUACUUCAUUAGGUCUGGAUAAUCUACCUACACAUACAUUCGCUCGUGAUCUACGAACAUACGUUACAUUCGCCGAAGCUCUAGAAGUAAACGCGUCAUCUUUGGGUAGACUCAACUCUAGAAUUCGGAAAUUACUGAAUCAGUUGAAAGAUCUGGCUGGAGAUAGUAGGAAAAGCGUUAGAGGUAGAUUAAGGGAUAUCCAGGACGUUAUUGAUAAAGAGUAA